AGAAACUUUACAUUCUUUUCUUCGAGAUCCAGCGUGAGAGUUUCAGAAGAAGAGAAAAGAGUCCUCUGAGAUGGCCCGUACCAAGCAAACCGCCCGUAAGUCAACUGGUGGAAAAGCUCCCAGGAAGCAGCUUGCAACCAAGGCUGCACGUAAGUCUGCACCAACCACUGGUGGAGUGAAGAAACCACAUCGCUAUCGUCCUGGAACUGUUGCUCUUCGUGAGAUUAGGAAGUACCAGAAGAGUACCGAGCUUCUGAUCAGGAAGCUUCCUUUCCAGAGGUUGGUUCGUGAAAUUGCUCAAGACUUCAAGACUGACCUGCGUUUCCAGAGCCAUGCUGUGCUUGCGUUGCAAGAAGCUGCAGAGGCAUACCUUGUUGGUCUCUUUGAGGACACCAACUUGUGUGCCAUCCACGCUAAGCGUGUAACAAUUAUGCCAAAGGAUAUCCAGCUUGCAAGAAGGAUUCGUGGCGAGCGCGCUUGAGGUGGUAGAUUUGUGGUUGUGAUGAUGGGUGGCUGCGGUUGGUGUUUUGUUACUCAGAUUUCUUUUAAUUUGAAAAGAUAGGUUGUUAGGGAGUAGGUGUUUACUGGUAGUCACAUUAAUUGUGAUAGGCAAAUACUACUAAGGGUUUGUGAAGGACUUUUUUUAGAAGUUGGGCAUGUAAUUGAUUUUUUUGAGUUUUGGAUCCGUCAAAUUGUUUCUCGUUUUCCCUAUGGAUGUGCAGCCACUUGGGAACUGUAUUGGACAACUUUUUGUUGCCAUCUAAUCUAAAGUCUAGCUAGCUUAUUGUUUGCGUUAA